AUGGCGGAACCCGAGCGUGGCAACGACCCUGCCCCUGAGUGGACGACGCAGACGACUCAGCCAACUCAGCCGGAAACACAGCAAACGACUGAGCGAGCCUUGGCUGAACCAAAAGCCGCAGGCGUUGGCAGCAAUGGAAGCUCUGACAUUGAAGACGAAGAGCGCGGAGAGCCAGAGCGCAUCGACCUCUCCAACAACAUAACUGCCAAAGUGCAAAACCCGCUCGCAAGUAUCCCCAAGAGACGACUCCUCCGCGAUGUUGAUGAGUUCGCGGCCAGGUAUGAGAUAGAGGAUGCCCUGCCCUUGCUGAGGAAGGGUGCCCUCAUAGCAAAGGAUCCCGCAAACUUCGAAAGCGUCGAUGGACUCACCGAGGACGAACGGAACGCCAUCCGCAGAGAAGUCACCCAUAAGUGGCGUCAGCCCUGGUCGAUGUACUUCACCAUCAUCCUCUGCUCCAUCGGAGCUGCCGUUCAGGGAUGGGAUCAAACUGGUUCCAAUGGUGCCAACCUCUCUUUCCCCAAGGCCCUGGGCAUUGAUGAUUCUGAUGGAGCCCCCAAUGCCGAUGUCAACUCGUGGCUUGUUGGACUUGUCAACUCUGGACCAUACAUCGGUUCAGCUUUAUUCGGCUGUUGGCUUUCUGACCCAUUGAACCAGUUUCUCGGUCGCCGAGGUACCAUUUUCGUUUCCGCUAUAUUCUGUGUCCUAACACCUAUCGGAUCUGCCGUGGCCCAAACCUGGCAACAGCUACUGGCAACUCGUCUAUUACUCGGUGUUGGAAUGGGCACAAAGGCUUCGACAGUUCCAAUCUUUUGCGCUGAAAAUACCCCGGCCGUUGUCCGUGGCGGUCUCGUCAUGAGCUGGCAAUUGUGGACGGCAUUCGGAAUCUUCCUCGGGUUUACUGCUAAUCUUGUUGUGAAAGACGCCGGCACUAUUGCGUGGCGCCUACAAGUUGGUUCCGCUUUCAUCCCUGCCGUUCCUCUCGUGGCUAUGGUAUUCCUGUGUCCCGAAUCGCCACGAUGGUAUAUCAAAAAGGGCAAAGUCUCAAAAGCAUUUCACUCUCUGAAGAGGCUGAGAAACCACGAAAUCCAAGCCGCCAGAGACCUGUACAUGAUUUACUCCCAGAUUAAGAUCGAAGCCGAAAUUGCUGGAGAUAGCAACUACUUUACCCGCUUUAUCCAACUAUUUACGAUUCCUAGAGUUCGACGCGCAACGUUGGCUUCAUUCGUUGUAAUGAUUGCUCAACAGAUGUGUGGAAUCAACAUCAUGGCUUUCUACUCGUCAACAAUUUUCAAACAAGCCGGUGCCAGCGAGUCCGAGGCUCUCAUCGCCUCCUUCGGAUUCGGAUUGGUUAACUUCGUCUUCGCCUUCCCCGCAAUCUGGACAAUUGAUACUUGGGGCCGACGUGCUCUCCUAAUCUUCACUUUCCCGCAGAUGACAUGGACAUUGUUGGCUGCUGGUUUCUGCUUCUAUAUCCCAGAGGAAAGCAAGGCGCAUCUUGGACUUAUUGCUUUCUUCAUUUUCCUUUUUGCUGCCUUUUAUUCUCCGGGUGAAGGGCCGGUGCCUUUUACUUACUCUGCUGAAGUCUUCCCACUGUCACAUCGCGAGGUCGGCAUGUCCUGGGCUGUGGCUACAUGUCUGUUCUGGGCAGCGGUACUUUCAGUAUCUUUCCCUCGUAUCAUCCAAACCAUGACUCCAACUGGUGCCUUUGGUUUCUACGCUGGUCUGAACGUCCUAGCUCUGAUAAUGAUCUUCCUCUGGGUUCCUGAAACCAAGCAACGCACCCUCGAGGAACUGGACUACAUCUUCGCCGUCCCAACAACCACGCAUAUGCGCUAUCAAGCCUUCAAGGUUCUACCUCACUUCUUCCGUCGCCAUAUCUUGCGUCAAAAGCAAGCUGAUCUCGAACCCUUGUAUAAAUUCGACGAACUCCAUAGAGACGAUGACAGUGAUGCUCAAAAUAGCAUGCAUGUUGAUAUUUGUCUGCGUCUUCUGCUGCUGGGAGUGAGCAUCACGUGGCCACUCUGCAGAUCCAACUUGCCCUUCUUUGGGUCAGGGUUUGUUGUGGCCGAAUCUCCAUCUCCACGUCCUCCGUCAGCCAUCCAGCCAUCAAACAUCGCCUCUGCUCUUCCUCGCGCCGAGCUGACUCGCAUAUACGGCCCUCGUCUUCAUAGUCGUCUACAUCCACGGCAGCUCUACCCUUCGACCGACGCAACGGGCACCAUCUCAGCUGUUUUCUGGGUUGGACUGUGGGUGCCCGCUUUUUUAUAUGGCGGUGGAGCUUCACAGCAGCUUACUAUCAUCAACAACAUAGCACAGCAGGACACGACACGACACACGCAUACUCCGUACAGCGAACUGCAAUUCGGCCUUCCCUGCGCGCGCAUACCGUACCGGAUACCGCCCCUUCCACUCCGCCAGGACGCCCUCUUGACCGCUCGGUGGACAUUUUGGGAGGAUUCACCUCUCAAAUCUCGGCCCUGA